CAGAGCUAAAUUUAACCCCUGGGUUUGUGCAGCGCCUGCCUGUAAUUCACUGCUGCUUUGUUUCCUGCCUCACCGUCUUGCAGAAGUUUCACUCUCAGCUAAAAAACUGAAGGGGAAAUUCCCUACCCCAGUGUUUGCUGCUGCUGAACUCUUUGCAGCUGCGCUUCACGGAGCCCAAUGUCGCAUCGUGGUCGCCCGGCUGGGCUUGACAGGGCCCCUCACCACAGCAUGAUGGAGAUGGAAGAAAUAUUCCUCCAGCUCCGUGGGGAAGUUGCCAGGCUACAGGAUCUGUGCAUCAAGCAGGGCAAGCUCCUCCAGAAGCUGACGGCCAGGAAAGGACCCAUCCUCGAUAUCCCUGUGUCGCUGCCAAUCCAGUGCACGGAGGAUAUGGUCAUGGAGGAAGGGGAAAGGCCACUGGACAGCCACCAGAAACACUCAGAGGCCCCAUCAUCCACCAUCUCCACCACCAUGUGUUCUGCUCAAACCCCGGUACAGCCGCACACUCUCGACACGCUGCCCGGCUUUGACAGUGAGUGCCCACCAGGCACCACCAACAGCAGCAUCUUUGGUGGGGUAACUGGAGGAGCAGCUCUCACUGUAGCCUUUGGCACCAAGAAAGCUGAGAGGAGUGAGAAGGUGAGUAUAGACACAUGGCUGAAAACCUGUAGGAUGCUUCCUACUGUGAAAGCCCCCAGGGAAGAAGUGAGAGCUUGCUGCCACCCACAGGAAUCUGCGGCACCAAACCCAGUUGUUGGAGAUGCCUUCCUGACUCUUCUGGACCUCUAUGAAGCCCCAGAAGCCUUUAGGAGAGAAGAUGCUCCCGGUGAAACUGCUCUGCCUGCUGAGGCUGAAGUGUCAGUAGAGAUUCGAGGACCUGUGAAGACGUCCUGGACGCCUGGCUGGAUGCUGGAGGACGGGACACUCGGUCAAGGUGCUGUCCUCGCCUUGGAGGAUGCUCAGGCUUGUGACAUUUGCCAGGAGAUUUUCCAUUUGGAUGCAGAGGGCCAAGCAGACUAUUUAAAGCAUGUCUUAGCUCAUAUGAAGUAAGACUUGUCUUCAUGCUUGGAAAUCUGAAUAUUUGCACCUUGACCGAUGUGACCUUGCUGAGAUCCCAGACCUUGCUGAGAUCCCGCACCUUGCUGAGAUCCUGCACCUUGCUGAGAUCCUUCACCUUGCUGAGA